CAGCUGCAGUACUUACCGAGUGAAUGGCGUUCAAGACUCAAGCUUGCAAGCUCAAUGGGGUCAGAUAUUUGGUAUUGUUUGUAGUCGUCAACUCUAUCUCAUUUCUUGUCAUCGUCUGCAUCUACAGACCAUAAUCCUGAUCGACCAUCAUGCCUCCCCCAAAAUCCAAAGGAGGAAAAAUGCUGGGCCUCAUCAAUUGGAGGCUCAAAGUGACCAUCAAUGACGGACGCGCGUUGACAGGCCAAAUGCUCGCAUUCGAUAGGCAUAUGAACCUUGUCCUGGCGGACUGUGAAGAAUUCAGACGCGUUCGACCCAAAAAAAAGGCCGGAGAAACUGAGGACACCUGCGGAGCAAGAGAUGAAGCGCACAUUGGGGCUUGUGAUUUUACGAGGGGAGACAGUUGUCAGCUUAAGUGUCGAGGGGCCUCCACCAGUUGUAGACGAGGACAAAAAGAAUGCGCUGCCCGUUGGCCCUGGUCGUGGAAUGCCGGCCGGCCGAGGAAUGGGAAUGAUGCCUCCCAUGGGUAUGCCCCCGUGGGUCGUGCUCCAAUGCCCUUUGCUCCACCAGGCAUGCCCGGCCCCCCUCCUGGCUUCCGUCCUCCUGGUUUCCCUCCAGGUGCACCAUUCCCCCCACCAGGCUUUGGUGGUCCCCCUCCCCCUGGCUUCCAACCGCCUCCCCAGUGAAGCUAUUGUUGCUCCUUGUUGUUUGAUCAUAUUUGUUGUGCACGGCAGACGAAAUCCCGAACGUAGAGGUGAAAGCAGGGCAAUUGCAAGUAGUUUUGCCAAAAUGUUCGUACGUUCGCAAUAAGUACCUCCGAGACCUCUUAACUCCGAAAGGUUUGUUGUUGUACAUUUCACUGACAAACCAACAGCACCGUCUCAUAUCGGUUGCCAGUUGGAGUCUGCUCAUAUUACUGGUUGUAGAAUGUACAAUUUUUGAGGGUUCUCCUUGUAAAGAUGUGCUAAGUUGCUGUCUAAAAAAAUGAUGAGCUUCUCAGUUCUCAAGGCU